AUGGUAGGCGCGAAGCCGUUGGUCAAUACGGACCCCGACCGCAAGGAUGUGUGGGUCCCCGAUGCUACUGAAGGCUAUGUGUCUGCCUAUGUCGUGGAGGAAAAAGGGAGCGAGAGCAUGGUGUGCCUUGCGAACGGCACGGUGCUUACGGUGCCGACCGCGACGCUGAGCGAGAUGAACCCCAUCAAGUUUGACAAGGUGGAGGACAUUGCGGACCUGACCUUUUUGAACGAGGCGUCGGUUGUGCACAAUCUGCGUCAGCGCUACUUUAGCUCGCUGAUCUAUACCUACUCGGGCCUUUUCCUGGUCGCCGUGAAUCCGUACCAUGCGCUGCCGAUCUACUCGGAGGCGACGGUUGAGCAGUACAAAGGCAUGCGGCGCGAGGCGAAUCCGCCACACAUCUUUGCGGUCGCCGACGGGGCGAUCCAAAACAUGAUCCACAUGCAGGAGAACCAGAGUCUGCUCAUCACGGGUGAGUCGGGCGCGGGCAAGACGGAGAACACGAAGCGCGUGAUCCAGUACCUGGCCGCGGUGGCGGUCGAUGCAGACGCAGAUGCGGUGCACGCUUCGCGGCGGCUGUCCCACGAGCCGCUCGGCCUGCUCGAGCGCCAGAUCCUCCAGGCGAAUCCCAUUCUCGAGGCGUUUGGUAAUGCGCAGACCGUCCGCAACAACAACUCGAGCCGAUUCGGCAAGUUUAUUCGCAUCGAGUUUACCGCGCACGGCGCGAUCGCCGGCGGGCAUAUCGAGUGGUACCUCCUCGAAAAGAGCCGCGUGCACAGCCGCAGCACCAACGAGCGCAACUUUCAUAUCUUUUACCAGCUCUUGCGCAGCCGCGACAAGGGCCUGCUGGACGCUUUGCGGCUUACGAGCUUCCCCGACUCGUACGCGUUUCUUAAGUCGUCGCGCAAAGACGUCGAAGGCGUGGACGACUCGCACGAGUGGCACCACCUGCGCUCGGCGCUGCAGACGAUGGGCUUUAGCGAGGACGAGGAAGAGGACCUGUUCCGCGUCGUCGCCGCGAUUCUGCACCUCGGCAACCUCGAGAUCGCCGAGGACCGCUCGGAGCAGGCGCGUAUUACCAACCCCGGGCAGCUCGACGUGGUGUGUGACGUGCUCGGCGUGGAGCCGAGCAAGCUCUCCAGCGCGCUCGUACGCCCGACGGUGCGUGCGGGCCGCGAGACGGUGACGCAGGCGCGCAACAAGAAGCAGGUCACGGACGAGAUCGCGGCGUUGUGCAAGACCAUGUACGAAAAGACGUUUGGGUGGCUCGUCGACCGCAUUAACCAUGUGCUCGACCGCCCGACGAGCAAGUCGCGCUUUAUCGGCGUGCUCGACAUUGCCGGCUUUGAGAUCUUUGAGACGAAUUCGUUCGAGCAGCUCUGCAUCAACUAUACAAACGAAAGGCUGCAGCAGUUCUUCAACCACCACAUGUUUAUGCUCGAGCAGGAAGAGUAUGCUCGCGAGCACAUUCAGUGGGACUAUGUCAACUUUGGCCUGGAUCUGCAGCCGACGAUCGACCUGAUUGAGUCCACGAGUCCGAUCGGUAUUCUGUCGUGCCUCGACGAAGAGUGUAUCAUGCCCAAGGCCAGCGACCAGACCUUUACCGACAAACUGAGUGCGACGUGGCAGUCCAAGAGCGACACGACCAAGUUUGUCGCCUCGCGCCAGGUCAAGCGCUUUGUCGUGCGCCACUACGCCGGGAAUGUCGAGUACAACACCGAGCAGUGGCUCGACAAGAACCGCGAUCCGCUGAACGAGAACGUGGCGCGUGUUCUCGCCGCAUCGCACACGCCGUUCCUCGCGGGGCUCUUUGCCGAGUUCGAGGCGCCGACCGAGGCGCCGCGCGGCGGCCGCCGCGGCGCUUUCCGCACCGUCGGCCAGCGCCACAAGGAGCAGCUCGCGUCGCUCAUGGCGCAGCUCGAUGCGACGCAGCCCCACUUUGUGCGCUGUAUCGUGCCAAACAGCGAGCGCAAGCCGGGGCGCAUGGAACUGCCGCUGGUACUCGACCAGCUGCGCUGCAACGGUGUGCUCGAAGGUAUCCGCAUCGCGCGCCUCGGCUACCCCAACCGCCUGCUCUUUUCCGAGUUUUGCAGCCGGUAUGCGCUGCUCGCGCCGGACGUCGAGGGUGGUAUGGACGGCCGCCUAAUGAGCCAGCGCAUCGCCAAGGCGCUCCCGCUCGCCGACGACGUGUUCAAGAUCGGUCUUACCAAGAUCUUUUUCAAGGCCGGCGUCCUCGCCGAGAUGGAAGAGCACCGCGACGCUUGCUUGCACGACAUCUUUACGCGCUUCAACGCGGCCGCACGCCGUGCGAAAGAGAUGCGCCGCCUGCAAAAGCGCCUGCGCCGCGCCGCCGCCACGAUCACCAUCCAAGAGCACGGCCGGGCGUACGCCGAGCUGCAGCGCUGGCCGUGGUGGCGCUUGUACACCAAGCUCCUGCCGCUCCUUGCUGCGUCGCAGGACGACGAGGAACGCAAGCGCCGCGAGCUCGAGCAGGCCAUGGCACGCGAGCGUGCGCAGCGUGACGAGCAAGAACGUGCGGCGCUCGCGACGCUCGAGGCGCAGCUCGCCGCCGAGCGCGAGCGGUGCGACGCGGCGGCACGCGACGCGGCGCAGGCCGCCGAAGCGCUUGCGGCGCUCGAAGGCGCGACGGCAACGCUGCGUGCGGAUGCCGACAGCCGCGCCGCCGAGCACAAAGCGCUCAGUGAGCAGCUCUCCGAGCUGCAGGCGGCGCACGACGCACUCGAGCAGGACGUGGUGCGCCUCACCACGCAGCUCGAGGAAGGCGCGCAGCGCGAGUCGGAGAUGGCCGCCGACCUGCGCGGCCUCUCGACCCAGCUGGACGCGGCGCUGAGCGAGCGCGCGGACCUCGAAAAGGCCAAAGAGAGCGCCGAGGACCAGUACGCACAGCUGCAAGAGGCGCUCGCGUCUGCGCGUGCGGCGCUGCACGAGCACACCGAUGCGGCCGAGGCGCACGUCCGCGACCUCGGCGCGCGGCACGAAAACGAGCUGCAGAGCGUCCGCGCAGAGCUCGAAGCGGCGCGCAGUGCGACGUCCACCAACGAAGCCGCGCACGACGAGCGCCGCCGUGCGCUCGAGUCGCAGAUCGCCGCGGUCAACGCGGAGCUUGCGGCAAAGGCCGAGGCGCAAGCGCGGGCCGAGCAGCGUGCGUCGGAGCACGAAGCGCGUGCACGCGACGUGGCCGAGCGCAGCGAUGCGUCCAGCGCCGCGCUUGCUGCGGCGGAGCAGCGUGCGUCGAACCUCGAAAAGAAGGUGGCGGCGCUCGAGGCGCAGCACACGUCGCUCUCGGAGAAGCACGCCGCGAACGAGAGCGGCGCGCGUGCGCUCAUCGAGGCGCGAGACGUCGCGCAGAACGAAAACCGGACUGCGCAGCGCGCGCUAACGCAAGAAAAGUCCGCGCGCGAGUCGCUCGAGGCCAAGGUCGGCCGGCUCGAGGCGCAGUACACCCAAGCCGCGGCCGAGGCCAAGUCCAAGGGCGCCGAGCUCGCCAAAGCGCAGAGUGCCCUGAGCGGCGCCGAGGCCGAGCACAAGCGCUUGAUGUCGGUGCAGAACAAGACGAUUGUCGAGCACGUGCACGUGCUAGAAGAGGCGAAGAAGUACACCGACCGCCAGCUGAGCGACGUGCAGACCGAGCUGCAGGAGCUCACGUCCUACACCAAGUCGCUGGAACGUACGCGCCAGCGGCUGCAGCAGGACAAUGAGCAGCUCGCCAAGGCCGCGAGUGCGACGCCCGAGCGCGACGAUCAGGCCGAGAAGGAGCGCGAUGCUGCGCGCGACGAGCUGCGCAAGGUCAAGCAGAGCGCCGACCUGACGCUGCGCCAGGUGCGCGCCGAGUACGAGACGCGCAUCAAGAAGCUCGAGGACGAGAUGCGCCACACUCAGCGCAACAAGUCGCUGCAGGACACCGACCGCGUGCUAAGCGACCUGCGGUCCGAGCGCAAGAUGAGCUCGGCCGCACGCAAGGUGCUCGAAGAACUCCGGUUAGAGAACGAGCGGCUGGAGCAGGACCUCGCCGCCAAGGCCACGGCCCUCCGCCGCAAGUAG